GACUGAACAAAGACCAACUGAAUCCUGUAGCUGCUGUCUUUCUCUUAACAAAUCUAUGUUACAAAUGUCAUACAGCAACUACAGUUGACAGGCAUGAUGUCAAACACACUUUCUGCUGUGUUAGAAGAGCAGAUUCGUCACUUGUGUCUGACUGACUUUCCUUGUGGACAUGGCAACUGGAGAAAGAGCAAAGAUGGUAGAGAUGCAGCAGAGACAGAGGAGACAGACAGCCUCCUGGAUCUGCUGAGCUGCUCUCACUCCCCAUGGUGGCAUGAUACAUCAUGGAGCCCUCAAGCUCCGGCCCUGAGAAAGCUGGCUGUGCUCUCACCAGAAUGCCUGCAUACUGACUUCAUUUACAAGUACUUUAAUACACUACGCAUUGUGGACAAGGGUGUGUCAGUCAUCGACAAUGGCCUGUUAAAGUUCUCAAAGCUGGAGGAACUGGUUCUGAGUGCCAACAAAAUCUCAGAGAUCCCUGCACAGAACUUUCCCAGCACUUUGAAGAUUUUGGAACUACGUGCCAACUGGUUAUCUGCUCUCAACAGUCUCACCAACUGUACGCCUCCACGCCUACAGUACCUCAGCCUCAGCUCAAACAACCUUGGUCACCAUCAGGACAUCUCUAAUCUUACCGGAAAACACUGGCCACAGCUGGUAUGUUUGGACCUCAGUGACUGUGAGUUUCAGGACCAGCAGGCCCUGCUGAGCGCCUUGAGCACACUCCCCUGUCUCAAGACAUUAAUUCUGGAGGGAAACCCCUUCACCCUUGCACCCUCCUACCCGGGCUUCACUGUGGACAGUCUCCCACAGCUCUCUUGCCUGGACACCUCACGGAUCUCCCCUGAGGAAAGACAUCGUUUUAGGGGCUUGGCCAAGAUGAGCGAUCUGAUAGUGGAUCGUGCAUCAGCCAGAGUGAGUGUGGGCAGAAUGAAGGGAAUCCCAGACCCAUUGAUGAGUGUGGAUGAAAAUGCUCCAGACUUCCCUGUCGUCACCUACAGCUAUUUUAUCACAUACGAGUUCCUCGGUCAUCACACACCCAUUAAUCUGAAAGUUGACGGUGAGUCUAAAUUUGAAACAGCGCAUGUGACAGAGGACGGUUCCAGUGAUGCUGACCAACAAUCAAACAAGACCUGUGAAAGAGAAACGUCCAAAGCAGACAGUGGAGUCUCUAUUGUCAAUACUGAGGAAACCUGCCAUGCUGCUGCACAAGUGUCAAGGCACAGCACGUCAAAGCUGACAUGGUCAGAGUGCAUGGACUUCAGUGAUGCACAAAUGUAUAUUGUUAGUGAUCUGGGAGGCUUAAAGAAAUUCCUCAAUCAAGGACUUUAUGUUAGGAUUGAGGAGGAAAAGGUCCUAUCAUGGCCUGCUGCUUCUGAAGACAUCCCAGCAGCCAAACCCAGUCGAACUGUCAAAGAGAAGAAAGGCGGGAAAGGGAAGGAAUCUCCAAUCAAAUCUGGUUCCACCAAAGACAAGUCUAAAGACAAAAAGAAGAAAUCUGUCCCAGAGCUGGUGCAGGACGCCCCCAUCAGAAGAAGCCUUGGCUCUGUCCACAUCCCCCUGCAAAGCCUGGUGAAAGGACAUCAUAAGGUCAACGUCCUCUGUGACCUUGGUGUCCUGCGCACAGAGUCUGAAGUGAAAGCUAUGACAACACUUGAAAAGGAUCUGGGAAAGAAAAUCAAAGAGGACAAGAAGACAGAGGACAAGGAAUCAAAGCAGAGAGGAGGCAGUGGUACAAGGCAGAAGAAUACAGCAUCUUCAAAAGGCAAAGGAAAGGGAAAGAAGGAGCGUGAGGUGGAUGUUCACACAGACAACUCUCUGUCUACCCAACUGGAACCAGGGACUGUGGAGUUGAGUGUAGAGCUCGAGAAAUGGCAGUCUGCGUCUGAAGCUCACCAACUCCUGCUACCGACCCAGACCUCCUGAGACAUAGAGCCUGUUUUAUCUCAAUACAAGGUUUUUACAAUCUACCCACUAGGAAAAAAAAACCAAAAACACAAAAUUAUUCUCCCUGCAUUCCCUCCUUACUGCUGACUGUGAACAUACCACAGAGUUGAACCGGAUAUUAAAUGUAUUACAAUUUGAUGUGGGCUGUGGAUGUUGCUGCACAACUUUCCAGCCAAAAUAUGUUCUUCUAAAUGCACUGGAAAUAAUACAUUUCCAUGAUUAAGCCUACUGACGCACUUCAGUGAAAGCAAAGAAAUAUUUUCAACCCAAAACCUAAAGGUAAAA